AUGGAACUCAGCCGACUCGAAAAAACCCUCGAUAACCUAGGAAAGGAAAUCACCAAGUACGACAGAAGCACCACCAGCAGACUCACGGACUACGUGAACGUCAAAGCGUCAGUCAUCAAGGACGUUCAUUUUGGAAAAGCCCGUACUUAUGCCUACUCUUUAUGCUAUGCUUUAUACUAUAAAGGCUAUUGCGCGUCCUAA